AUGUCGGCGCCUUCCCGCGACCCUCGCUGCGACUCAAAAGAAAGAGACAGAGUUGAUCUCUCUCUCACACUGAUCUCGAUCGUCAGGUCUGCUGCUAGAAGAGGGAGAGAGGGAGAACGGGAGCAAUUGAAUUUUCACAGAAGUCUUGUCUUAACGGCUCUUGCCAUAACCCCAGCAAAAGAAGGUGUAGUUGAUCAUUUUGAAGGCCUGGAAUGA